CCUGCCAGAUGAUCAUUCUUCUUGCUCUGCUCAACGUCCACUUUGCUCUAGCUGUGCUCGGCCAUGGUGAUGCGAUGCAGCAAUACAAUCUCGUCUGGCAAGGCACCGCGAUUUGCACCAUUCCAGCUUCCAUGAGCACCACCCAACCUCUUGGUGAGCGUCAAGGAAUCGAGACAGACAUCAGCUAUGCCACGAUCAUUAUCGAUCCUAUCCGUCUAGAUGAAGGCUACGAGUGUCGCAUCACCGUACCAUGGGGGAAGCCAGGCCUGACUUGCACGCUCAAGACGGUAGAAGUCGUGAAAGAUGCUGUCGAGUAUACUUUCGUGCUCGCCAACCCGAUCCGCCCUUUGCCCAUCGUGAUGGAGCAAUACGAAAGAUGUUGCAGAGCAAAGUUUUAUCACACCGUCAUUGUGACUUACCCUACGCGACUGAUCAAGGCUGUGAACUGCGAAGCUUUUGUCAACUGCAAUGACAAGAUCAAUCCGGUCUGUCAUAUGGACUAUCCUCUACCGAUGAGUGAUCGCUGCGUGGUAAUUAGCCCCGAAGACGCCAGAUGCUUACUGGGCGAGGUUCCGUCACAUCCUUCGUCGGCGGGUCAGGCGAUGCUUUCGACAAAAGAGCCUCACAUCACGCUGCAGUAGCUAGAUCGAUCGAGCGACGUCGGGAAUUGAUGUACAUUCAUGAGCCUAGCCAUGGACAUGUAUUCUUUGCAGGAUCUACGGGACAGAUGGUCUAGCGAUCGACAGAGAAGAGACAGAAGCCAAGAUCGGUCAACUGACUCUCGCAACGGUAUCUGACUGGCGGUGCGUAGAAUAGUGCGCAAAAGUCUGGCUUGGGAGGCAUGCCAGGCGGUGAGGUGGCUUCGCAUAGUAACUCAUAUCGACACGGUCCUUCGGUAAUGAGUCGAU